AUGAACACACUGAUUUGUAUGAAAGAUGAGAAGGGAAAUGAAAUAAGAGAAAUAGAAGGGAUACUUGGAAUAAUUUGUGAAUUCUAUGAGAGCCUCUAUAAAAAGGAUGAACUGGAAGAAGAUAACAUGGAACUGAAAAAUGGAGAACGCGGCAGGAAUGAGUAUAGAAACGAAGAAUGUCCACCGAUUAUGGAAAGAGAGGUAGAACGGGCAAUUGUGCGUCUCAAGGAGGGAAAAGCUGCAGGACCAGAUAGAAUAUCGAAUGAAGAGUUGAAAGCGGGAGGAAAAAAGGUGAUAGAAAUACUAACAAGGCUGUUUAAUCUAUGCCUCACUAAUGGAAAGAUUCCUGAAAUAUGGCUCAAAGCUAACUUGUUACUGCUCUUCAAAAAAGGUGAUAAAAAGGAAGUCAAGAAUUAUCGACCAAUUAGUCUCCUGUCAAGUAUAUACAAAAUAUUCAUGGCAAUAAUUUCGCACAGAAUAGACGGAUAUUUGACCGCAGCAACUCCAAUCAGCCAGACCGGAUUUAAGAAAAACUUUUCCACUCUGGAUAACAUCCUAGUCCUACAGGAGUUGAUAAGGAAUUCUAAAGAAUAUAAAUUUCCACUAGUGCUACUAUUUAUAGACUUUGAGAAGGCUUUUGAUAAAAUCAACACAGCAGCUGUGAUACAGACACUUGAAGACCUGGGAAUAAGCAAUAAGUACUUGGAAAUAUUCAGAUUCAUCUACGGAAAUAUGAAAAGUGAGUUCAGCUUGAGAGGAAAAAGUAGAGUGAUGCAAGUGAAUAGAGGCUUGAGACAGGGAGAUAUACCAUCAGCUAAAAUAUUUAACGCAGUCUUAGAAAAAUCUCUAAUGAAGUUGCAAUGGCAAGAGAGAGGCAUCAAUAUCAACGGUGUGAAAUUAAAUGCCUUGAAAUUUGCUGAUGAUAUUGUUAUAGUUGGAAAUGAUACGGAGGAGGUAUGCGGUAUGUUGAAAGAUUUGAUUGAAGUAACAAAAAAGAUUGGAAUGAAAGUAAAUUUUGAUAAAUCGAAAGUAAUGACAUAUAACAGUGAUGAAAAUGAUAGAGUAUUGGUGACUGAGGACGGAAGGAUAGAGAAAGUGGAUCAUUUCAUUUACCUCGGUCAGAAAAUAGGGAGAGAAGGUCAAUGGGGAGAAGUUACCAGAAGAGUAGCAAUAGGAUGGGCAAUGUUCAAAAAGUACAGCUAUCUAUUCAGAUCCAAGAUAUCAAUGGAAAAUAAGAAAAAGCUGCUACAAACGUGUAUCCUACCAGCAAUUUUGUACGGCUGCGAAACCUGGACUAUAAAUGAAAAAAUAAUUAAGAAACUUAGAAUUACCGUGAGGUCGAUGGAGAGAGUAAUGAUAGGAGUGACAAGAAAAGACAGGAAAACAAAAUUAUGGAUUAGAAAUGAAACAAAAAUUGAAGAUGUAGGCAAGAUGAUAAUAGAGAGAAAAUGGAAUUGGGCUGGACAUAUCGCAAGGACAACGGACGAAAGAUGGACGAAAAGAAUACUGGAAUGGUACCCACGUAAUUUGAGAAGAAGUAGAGGAAGGCCUUCGUAUGGAUGGGACGAAGAGUUCAGAAAAGUAUGCGGUGGAGCGACGUGGCAGAGAGUUGCAAGAGAGAGAAAGGAGUGGGAGAGAAUGAAGAAUGUAUACAAGGAAGUAUGGCUGUACAAGGAUUGA